GAACUUCAGACAAUAUCUAAAUGUAAAGAUAAAAUCACGUAUGUGCAUCAGAGUAUCGACCCUGUCGAGCUGUGUGCGAUACCAAACAAACUCGUCGUAUACCGUCAUGUGCAGAUUACGAACUUCAGAGACGUUCAUUCAGUCAUUUCGGAUGAUGACGAUCAGAAAAUAUGCACCUAAAAUUGCUGUAACUUACUCCAAAACAAAAAAAUGUUUCCCCACGAACUGGUAGCUAAACUUUUUUCUCAAUCAAGUUUUGCAUUAAAAGUAACCGAUAAACAGUUUUGAAUAAAAGGAACUAUUAUAGAAAAAUCACAAACAAAAUUCACGUUUGCACCCGGUAAGAUAUUAAAAUGAAUAUCACAUGCAAAAAAACCAAUGUCAUAUCUUGGCUUUUAGCGCGAUAUUUGACGUGGUUUUCUUUUGCAAGAUACAACAGGUUUCUCACGUCGUGACGUUUUUGAUGUCAGCGAGUAAUGUGUGUUUUUUAUUUUUUUUUUUAACAAAGAAGUGAUUCUUGAAAUCUUACACAAUUUUCAGAGCAAUGACACGCGCGUGUAACGACGUCGCGCUCGCGAGAUAUGGAAUACAAAAUAGCUUGCGCGCGUGUGAAGAAAGCCUCGGCGGGGCUCGAAAGAGAGAUGCUUCGUAAGAGGGGAUUAUCAGGAGACGAAGAGAGAAGUGGUUGCGCGCAGGGGGGUUGAUGAACCAACGUGGAUCCUCAACGUUCUUUGCCGAGUCCGCCGUGUCCGACGCCAGAGUGCGAAGUGCUGUUAUGAUUCGAGUCUGGGCUCCGGAGUCGGAAACGGAGGAACGAUUCGUAGGGAGGUGAAUUUGCACCACGCCGGCUCGACACACGUUUUAGAUUCGGUUUCUCCUCGGACACGGGAAUUCAUUCGGUGAAACUCAUGCGAAAAACCUGAGACUUUUCUGUUCGGUUUUUUUUUGUUUUUUUUUGUUUUUUUUUGUUUUUUUUUUUUUGCCCCAAACACGCGCGCGGCGUGUACCAGACAUUCCACUCGGAUCUACGUGAAAUAUAUAACGACGAUUGUCGCGUUAUUUUUUUUUUUUUUUUUUGCACGCGCGUUUCCCGUUCGUUUUUCGUCAAAAAUCAUGAAAUGGCCUACAAAUUCAGAAGAUUUGGUGUUGAGGAAUGUAGGCGACGAAAGCACGGAUCAAAAUAACAACAUAACUAUGACGAGCGAGGAUUUGUUACAGCCUGGCCAUGUGGUCAAAGAACGUUGGAAAGUGGUCAGAAAAAUAGGCGGAGGUGGAUUUGGGGAAAUUUACGAAGGACUUGAUUUAAUGACAAAGGAGCAAGUCGCUCUUAAAGUUGAAUCCGCACGGCAGCCCAAACAAGUCUUGAAGAUGGAAGUGGCUGUACUUAAAAAAUUGCAGGGUAAAGAUCAUGUUUGUCGAUUUAUCGGCUGUGGGCGUAAUGAUCGAUUCAAUUACGUGGUGAUGCAGUUACAAGGAAAGAAUUUAGCCGAAUUGCGCAGGGCGCAGCCGAGAGGUGCUUUUUCACUUUCUACUACGUUACGCCUUGGUCUUCAAAUAUUAAAAGCUAUAGAAAGUAUUCAUCAAGUAGGAUUUUUACAUAGAGAUAUUAAACCUUCAAAUUUUUCGAUCGGUCGUCAUCCUUACAACUGCAGGCUAGUGUAUAUGUUAGAUUUCGGUCUAGCUAGACAAUUCACUACCGGCACUGGAGAAGUGCGACCGCCCCGCGCUGCCGCGGGAUUUAGGGGAACCGUCCGAUACGCGUCAGUUAAUGCACACAAGAAUAAAGAGAUGGGUCGACACGAUGACUUGUGGUCGUUAUUUUACAUGUUAGUUGAAUUUGUUAACGGACAAUUGCCGUGGCGAAAAAUAAAAGAUAAAGAACAAGUGGGUCUUAUGAAAGAAAAGUAUGACCAUCGAUUACUUCUAAAACAUCUCCCAUCUGAUUUGCGAGUCUUUCUAGAGCAUAUCCAGAGUUUGGAGUAUGCAGACAAGCCAGAUUACGGUAUGUUAGCUGGACUGCUUGAACGAUGUAUGAAACGUAGAGGUGUAAAACCGAAUGAUCCUUACGAUUGGGAAAGACCUUUGAUAGCUAAUGAAGGUUUAUCAACUACUAGAUCGUUACCCACAGUAGCUGUACCACCACCGCUUACCACAGCUACUACGAUCAAUCAACCUCCGACCACGAACGUCGACACCAAUAAUCAAGAGAAUGUGGAGCCAGACAAUAGAAAAGAGCUGGAUGCGCAAUUGGACAUUGAAAGUUUAUACAGAAGAAACAGGCAGCGUGGAAUCGAAGGUUCUCCAGUGCCAUUCGCAGCGGCUAUCAGCAAUCACGGCAGGGACAAAAAUUGCAAUGCCACGGUGCCAACGACCGAUAACACGCAUCAACAGGUCGCGCAGCAGACUAUGCCACCUUUACCAAGUCAAGGAUCUCCGAAAAAACGACGCGCUGUCUCGAUGGCUGUAGAAUCUCAACCUCCCCCGUCAGUGGAAAAGCAAGUGGAUAACGAGGGAGACGCUCUGAUGGCUUCCGCACGUUCCGCAUCCGAAGUUCCUCGCCACAAAACCGUGACCAAUGCAACCGCGCCGCUCAGGAAGUCAGCGAGCGGAGCCACAUUGCCAGCUACACUCGCCCGUCUGCGCAUUGCUACACCCGAAGGAACUUCCGGCGAAUUGCCGAGCCCUCGUAUACAAACGGAAGUCGACGCCUCUUAUUGCUCCUAUGACGUCACCAAUACCAAAUAUAUCGGAAACCAAAGCCCGGUAACCGAACAAAGGGAACCGCUCAGAAGAGAACCCAGGAGGAGAGCGGACAGUCGGCAACAAAUAAGAGGCGGACGUUCGGCUGUGCGCGAUUGUUCCAUCACACAAUUCGCGCAAAUAGACGACGACAAUGUGUCCGCUUUGCAGCAAGUGACCAAAGGCGGCGGAGGAUUGACCCUAGCCUCACAGUGGAAGUCGCAGUUUGACGAUUCCGAGGAGACCGACAACGAAUGGAAGGGUGAAAAUUUGCAGAGCCCCGAGCACAAGGGAACAAACGCCCCGUCUAUAGCGCCACAAACCGCAGGUAUCGUUGAGAGUUCGCAACAGCCAAACGCGAAUGUAAAAUCCAGCGCGGCUCAACCGAAUCCGCCAAAUGUGUAUCACCAGCAGUCGCUGAUGCCUACGGCGCUAUCGAAAAUAAGCGAAGAUUCGCCGAGACCGGUUGUGCCACACAGAUGCUUGAAUAUCGCGGGUAUCGAAAAAUAUCCCGAACUGCAAGGAGCACUUCCGCGGGCUUGGAGCGUUCCGGUUUUAGCGCCGCACGUUCGGGCUUAUCUCGAAGCUCCUUUGGUUCAACAAGCGGCGUUUGACGAUUUGCUGUACGAAGUUGAUGUUAUGAGAAAUGUCGCCACUCGAUACGACGAGCCGAGACAAACCGCGUCGGUCAGAAGAUCCAGUUUGCCGGCAGUGGCUUUCUCCUUUUCUGACGCAAUGUUCAACGCUCCCAGGGGUGACGAAGAGGAAGAAGCGGUGGCGGGGAGAUUGGAAAUCAGAGUGGUGGACGCGACCGGUGGUGCUACCAUUGUACAAACCAGUGCUGACAGAGAACCGUUACAAAAGAAACUAGCUAACGGCACAGCAGGUAGCCCAGCCAGUCCCAAUCCGGGGCCAGAAGAACCGUCUGUAUAUUACGAUGCUACCGAAAAUCGACCGGCCGCAAAUGCCGGUUUGCAAAAAGAGUCGACUAGUGUCACUACUGCCUCGACGACGGUACCAAACGCAAUACCACAUCGUGAUAAUAAGGACAAUAAAGAAAAGGAAACAUCUAGUAGGACAUAUAUGACUAGUAAAAUUCCGGUUCCCGUUAAGAGUCCAAGAUGUUCGCUAUCCGAAUCAAUGCCCGAGUCGAAUACUCCGCAUAUCAAGGCAGGAACUGGAAGUGACAUAGAAAAACUGUCGGUGCCCGCGAUCGCAACUAAGGAAAAGGAGAAUACCAGCUCUGCCGAAGAUGAAAAUUUAACCGGAUGCACACCCGCUUUGCGCCGCCGAAGACAAAGUGAAAAAUAUGUGACAGACGCUAGUCAGCUGAAUCUCCAAUUUCAAAGACCACAGCACAGAACGCGACCGCAGUCCGAGAUAUUGCCGAGGCUUUCUCCGAGAGGAGUGCCUUCCCAUCUUCUACGAGAACCUGGUAAGAAAUCCGAGGAGAGCAGCGAAAGCGAUUCCAAUAGCAGUGGACCACCAAGAUCCGCUCGUCAACCGCCUCCACCGCCCACAUCGUUGCCACCACACAUAGCAGAGAAUAACGCUAGGUGUCGCCGUUACUGGCCCAUACCAGAUACAACUGUUACUAGCAGAGAAUCGUGAGACUUGGUGUUCAAACUAACAGAUAGUCCCAUUUCUUGUUAAGAUUGAGAAAGCUUUACUGCUCAACUAAGAAUGUGAUAUCAUUUGGGGCAGCAAAAAAAAAAAAAAAAAA